AUGGACGAACGAGUCAAGAACGUCGCCGCCGAAGAGGCGCGGCAAUUCCGUGCCAUGACCACAGAUGCGGUCAAAUCACGAGCCUAUCUGUACCCUAUCAAGGGCGUCAUCCACUUCGUCUCACACAAAGACCUGUGGAAACCGCUCUUGUCCAAGUUGGCGCCAACGAUCAGCACCGGCGUGGUGGUGACGCUCGCCUGCUUCGCCGCCCUGUAUCUCCCGCAGGCUGCGGUCAUGGCAUUCACAUCCGGUCCUGUUGCUGCUGUCUCGGCUGCCGUUCUCACCCUGUCCGAAAGCUCUACCAUCACGAACCUCAUCUCUCGCACCUUUUUCAUCGAGGAAGCCCUGAUCGAUACGUUUGAUGGCACGCUGUUGUCCAAAGGGUGCAACAAUUUGGUGGAGGAGGGAAGACAGGUCAAGACUGGUGGAGACAAUAUUCAGCGUCUGGGAAAGCUGAUUAAGAAACCGUUCGCAAAGUUUACGCCUAACGCCCUCAUUCGUUAUUUGUUGUAUCUGCCAUUGAACUUCAUUCCUAUCGUUGGUACAGCGAUAUUCAUUGUGCUGCAAGGGAAGCGCAAUGGUCCGCAGACGCAUCAGAGGUAUUUCCAGCUCAAAGAAUGGAACAAGCGCCAGAGAGAGGUGUUCGUGGAAGAACAUCGAGGUGGAUACACUGCAUUCGGUGUGACGGCUUUCUUGCUCGAGAUGAUUCCUUUCGCCAAUCUCAUCUUCGCCUUUACCAACACCGUUGGAGCAGCGCUAUGGGCAGCAGAUCUGGAAAAGACGGCUACCACGGCCCCCCGCCUACGCGAACAGGCGAUGCGGGCUGAAUGA